AUGCAAAGUUAUGUGAAUGCUGGAGACUUCAAAACUUCUGGUAAACUUCGAGCCGCAUUGUUUAAUAACGCUGUGUACUAUGGAUUAUACAUGAUUGUCUUCACAUUACUUUUGAUCUAUGCCAUCAUCAAAGGUGUUGUAAUCAAUAGAGAACACUUAAAAGUAAUCCUUGUCUCCGCAUCGAACACAUGGGGUCUGUUUUUGUUGGUUGUCCUGCUCGGACAUGGACUCGUUGAACUUCCACGAACGUUAUGGCACAUGGGCAGCAGAGAGUAUCGACUGCAUGUGACAUAUUUUAAUAUCGAUAAAUUGUCUUCUGAUAAAAAUGAAGCAGAAGAAGCCGUGAAGGAAGCAUACAGGGAGACUCGCGCAGUCCUGAACAUCUUGAAAAACGAGCACGGUGCAAGAGAAAAAGCACAAAUAAUAGUGUCGAAGUUCCCGGAAGAGCUGUUUCCUGCUCGUAAUGCUAUGGAAUUCAGCAGCCUUAAUGCGGCUGAUGUAAGCUCUGUCAGCACCGACAAAUACCUGAUUCGACUUCAUAAGAAAGUGAUCUCCGCUGUUCAGUACCAUCAUCGAACCACGGCCCAAUGGAGGUCACUCAUCAAACACGCUUUAUUUUUGGAAGAUCUGGCUCAAGCAGAGAUCACCGGAAGGCUCGAAUUAGAAUCACACAUUUUGUUCCCAGAAAAAGUGCAGUACUUUUGGCUUAUCAUAGCACAGCGUCCACUUUGCAAGUUACUCUCCUUGCUGUUGGCUUUCAUGACAAUAUUGAUUCUGAUCAGUGAAUGUACAUUCUUUAUUGUAAACCCCACGUUGACACCUGCUGGUAUCAUAGUGGAUUACGCGGCAAAGCGGUUUCACUACAAGUACACUCAGGUACACACAUGGCUCUGCUUUUUU